AUCUGCCAAACCUGUAAAAUAUUGAACGUGGCGUGUAGACGACCAACCGACCCGAUAAGUCGACAAACGAACGUCAAACUGUAUAUUGCGCAGAUUUUCCUAUUUUCUCAAAUAUGAGUGUUAAAAUGAAUUGUACAUUUCUAAACUGUGUGAUUAUGUUUAUAUAUGAUAUUCCGGAAAAUGUUCGCAGUUAUUUAAAAAUCUAUAAAAAAAACUGACAAUGAAGUGAACAUGAUGCAAACCUAAAUUUCGAAAAUUUUCUGAAUAAUUUUCAUCUGCGUUUUUUUUUUUCAAAUCACCGCAAGAUAUAACGUUUCAACAGCUUAACAACACCGCUGUGGUUGUCGCCAGACGCCAUAUUUGUGUUGAUUGUUGUGCAUAAAAGUUGUUUACAUUUAAAAAUCGUAAAACUUGUCUGAACUACUUUGUUUCUAUUAUUUCAAAUUAUUGGUUAUACGAUAUACGUAUAUAUAAAGUAAAUUUCUAGCCAGAACUGUUGAGCGAUUUAUUAAAAAGUAGUACAAACAAAUAAACUGGGUUUUUAAAAUGGAGUUGAAUAUAAUGAAAAACCUUGAGUUAGAUAAAAUUUGUCGAAUCUGUCUAGCGGUUAAGAAAGAGAUGCGUCCUUUGUUUGGGGAAAUGGUCGCGGAAAUGCUCAUGGAGAUAGCUAAAAUACAGAUAGAACAAAUGGACGGCUGGCCGGAUAAAAUUUGUAUCCAGUGUAUUCACCAAGUCAGUCGUUGCCAUGCGUUCAAAACGCGUGUGGAAAAAUCGGAUAGUACACUGCGGCAAUACAUAAAGGGAAUAACCGUGGUAGUGGAAGAGCAUAUGCCGAAGGAACUACCCAUUGAAGUUUCUAGACCUCAACUUGCAACACAAAAGUUGCCGCAAGUCCAACCUAUUCAGGAAAUCCAUAUUCAGCGAACGGAUAUUCCGUCAAUUGCUGAAGCUGCUGCUCCAACGAUGAUACUAACGAAUGCUCAGCUACUGAAUGCCGGAGCUCAAAUAAUAAAUGCGGGUCAUUUAUUAACUACUGCAGCAGGGCAACAAAUUAUACAAGCACCGCAAUAUCAUGCAGCACAAAUUGGACAGUUUAUCCAAGGACCGAACAAUACCAUUCAAAUGAUUACUCAUGGAGCUGCGCAUCCGGCGCCUUUAUUGCAAAUCCAGCGUACGACCGACGAUCGGUGUGAAAUUAUUGUGCAACCUGAUAUGGCAGAGCAGCAAUUUUACGAUGAUAGCAACGUAAUUUCUGUGAAUCCGAUUCAAUCCGUCCCUAUGAUGGUAGCAGCUCCACCAACAGCCAUCCAACAUCAUCAUUUAGCCCAGCACACUUUUCAACAACAACAGCACCUACACCAACAAAUGCAGCAUCAGCAACUUGGAGAAGAACAAUUAGAUGACGAUGUUGAAGAAUGCCACAUCAAAGAUGGACAGGAAUCUGAAUAUGGUGAGCAAGAGGAUAGUCAGAUUGAUAAUGACGAAAUGAUAGAAGAAGACGUGCAGGAGGAAGAAGAAAUAGAAGCAGAGGGAGAAGAAGAGUUUUUUGUUACUGAUGGGGAUACAGAUGAUGAGGAAAAACAGUUAGCUGAGUUUAUGAACCACCAGACCUCUUGUCCCAGCCCUGGACGAUAUGUGUGUAACUUAUGUCGCAAAGAAUUCAACCAGCCAAAAUGUCUGCAAACGCAUAUGUCUUCCCAUUCCAAUUGGUUAAAGGCCAAUUGCAAGAAACAACCUGAAUGCGAAAUUUGUCAUAAAAGUUUUCGAGGUCCAGGAAUGUUACGAAUGCAUAUGAAGACGCAUGAAAAAGCCGAUAAACUGCCCACGUGCUCAAUUUGUCAAAGAGAAUUCAAAUCUAAAUCAAUUUUAUAUCGGCAUAGGCAGACGCAUUUUGAGAAAAAUUUUGCGUGCUCCAUGUGUGAUAAGCGAUUCAGUUCCAAUUAUCAGUUGAACAUUCACAUGCAGCGACAUAAAAAACAAAAACCGCAUAAAUGUCCACACUGCGACAAAUCUUUUUAUAACGCUUCCGAUUUAAAGGUUCACGUCAACCAACAUCUUGGUAUUAAAGUAAUCCAAAUCAAAAAGGUUUCGACAACUAGCUAAUCACUCUUGCCUUAUGCAUUAUGAAAAACAUUCUAUUUGUCGAAGAUCGAAAAUGCUCUCUACUGAGCGCAGGUGGAUCUGAUGCAUGUUAGUACAUAUCUUGGUUUAAAAAUCAAGAAAUACCAGAAUGCAAUUCAAACGUUGGCGUUGCCGCACUCAGACAACAUUUUUAGCAAAUUUUUAAACUUCCACAUUGACAUUCAACUUCUACCGUUGCUGGAAAAGACAUACAGAAACAAUGCUGUAAGUCGUCUUGAUGCUGGAAUGUUUUUGAUAUUACAUUGAUUUUUCAACUCAGAAGGCUACAAGGAUAAUACAGCGACGAACAACAAUCUAUCUACGCUCAGGGCAAAGCAGGAACCGUUUGUAUAAAGUUUUUCUGGUGGCACACACUUAUCUAAUGUACGCUUCUUAAAAGUAGCGGAUUUAAUUUAAGAUUACUUACUAUUAUCGCUUGUGCAAUACUUUAGUUAGAUUAAAAGUUCAGUCCUUGCUGGAUUCAACGGUACAAUGUAUUUUAGAUUCCAGACUAUUCUUCCUUGCAAUAUAUGUAAAAAGAACGAGUAAGAGAAGUUUCGCACUUCUAGUAUUUAUUUUCUAUAAUUUAUAAACCUGUUUUCUAUUUAGGAGCUUGAAUAAAAUUAUAAUA